ACUGGAUGCAAUCCGCCGAGGAAGAAGAAACCCCGGAUGUAGCAUGCUGUGUUUUGAUUUUUGUCGCGGCGGGAAGUAGCCUCACCGAGUAAACAAACUACAUGGUCAGACGUUUAAACAAUGUCGUCCAAACAGCAGGAUGUGGCCAAAUCUAACAUCUCCCCAGUUCUGUUCAUGACUGUGGAUGGUGAGCCCAUGUCUUUUUUCUUGAGACCGGGUCCUGUUAAACUCAAGCUCCAGCCGCUCAUCGCAGCUGGAGGAGGGAUGUCGAGGAAUGUGCAGCAGCCAGGAGUAAUCCUGCUGAUUGACCCGGAGGAAAUAGGCUCUAUUCCUGAAAAUACUGCUCAACGGUACGUGUCCACCCAGUACAUUCACGACUGCAUUGAGAAGGAGGAACAGCUGAAUUUAGAGGACUACAGGUUAAAUCCUGUAAUGGUCACGAGACAGUCUGCUAGACUCAACAAUAACAAAGAGACCUCUCCUGGAGUCUCAGGAGGCAGGACUGCCUACACCGCUGAAGAUGACGCAGCCAUUUUGAGUCAUGUCAGCAAGCACAAGAAAGAUGUUGGGGGAAACCGGCUCUGGCAAGAGAUGGAGAAGCAGCGUGUGACCGAUCACAGCUGGCAGUCAAUGAAAUACCGCUAUAGAGUGCGACUGUCAAAGAAACAGCCAGAGGUUGUGGAGGUGGCAAAAACGGAGAUGGAUGCCCAGUCCAUACCAGCUGAAAGCACACAACUAGAAAUUCUAGAAACUCCGACAUCCAUCUCUCCCCAAGAAGAAGUGAAACAUGUGAACCCACAGAUGGAUAAACAAGAAGCUGAAAGCCCACAAGUAGAGACUGUAGAAGCUGAAACUUCUAACUCCCCCCAACCUGAGGGACCUUGCUUGGACCCACACACAGAUGCUCAGCCUGUUCCAGCUGAGGGCGCAGAACCAGAAACGAUCAUCUCUCCACAAAAAGAAAGUGUAUCGGAGGACUUUCCUCCAGCUCAGCUCGAGUCCCUGCCUAGCAACUCUUCUCAGAAAAAGCCCAAAGACAAACAGAAGGCCUCCCCCAAAGCAGAACAACCGCAGCGUCGAUUAACACGCAGGCAGCUUGUGCUCGAGGAGUCGUCAUCGCCUGAACCUUAUGUCAAAAAACUCAGAUCAACAACUUCUCCCGGACUACCAGCAUCAUCCCCUCAGCCCUCGAAGAAAAGUAAAUCGGAAAUUAAGUCCGCUCUUACGAAGACUUGUCAAGAAGACUUAACAGAAGAGCAGCCGCCCGCUAAGAGAGCCAGAGGAAUGAGUGUGACAGCAGUGGCAGAGAGUCCGCAGGAGGAGAGUGGACAAGCUGCCGUCUCUGAAACGGCACAAACAGUUCCAGAGUCUAAUGUGACGCCAGAGAAAGGAGAGACGAAAGGAGAGAAGAAAAAAGAAAAGAGAAAGUUGGGGAUUCUGGAGUUGGCUACAAAGGAGUUUGAAGAUGAAAGUGAGUCGGAUGAAGAAGUAGUUCCGGAUCUCCAAAGCCCAACUGAAACAGCAGCAACACAACCCACAUCGACAGAACCUCCGCUCCCCACUUCAGACACAGCCAGCCUCCAGGAGAACACGCAAGACGCCCAGGCCUCCAGCAGCGACUGCCCACCAAAGACGAGCUGCCCUGAACCUGCAGCAGCUGAGGCUGUCAAUGCAACCUCCAAAGCCCACCUGUUCAUAUUCGACAAUGAAUCUCAGGAGGAGGAAGACUCUCAGACCGUUGUUGGUGACAAUAAAGCAGCUCCAUCCAAACCACAGCUAACCGUGAACAAAGACGCCGCACUUUCACUGACUCAGGUCCAGUUGGAAGAGGACAAGCAGCGAAUCAAAGAGCUGAUGAACCAGACAAACCAGGACUUGAUCAGUGUGACCAAAGCCCUGUUGAAGACCAGCGGAGACUUCUCUGCUGCUCUGGAUCAGCUUUUGAAUCCCUCCUCCGUUAUAGGACCACCUUGGAAUCGCUGUGACGACAGUCUUUUGCUCUCAGCUGAUCCCGUGGUCCGACAGCAGCUGCAAAACAAAUACAGCGAGGAGGACGUGGCCAAAAGAAUCCUCUUCCUCGAGGUAGACCUUGAGGAAGAGGGAUGACAGGGAAAGACAGGUUAGUACAGAAAGAAGGAGAAUAGCAAAUCUGGACAUUAUACUAUAUUCUACUGCAUAAUUAAAAGUGUGAAAAUAGUGAGCUGGUUAACUGAUAUUCGAUUCUUUUAACAUGAAAAAGGGCCCUCUCCCUCAUUGCUGAUCCUGCUGACUAACUUUAAAGAGAUAAAACUAAAACUAUGUUUUUAGGAUGUUUAAGUAGAGGCUGAUUUGUGCUUUUGUUUGGGGGAAAUCUUUUAAUGUGUUUUUAGCAUGAACAUAAUAUUAUGUGUUUUUUAAUUUGUUUGAUUUCAAUAAAUUGAAUAAAAGUUUGUUUAAUAUCAUUUUAAAACACCUGCGUUACAUUUUGAAGUAAAUCUCCAGUCGUACAUUUAUUGUGUUUCACCACUUGUAUGAAAAACUUCUAUUCGCAUGGUGAAAAGAAAAACGACACUUCAGCCUUGUAUGAAAUCUGUGAUAGGAGGACCUCUAGUGGUCACAGAUUAAUCUACUUGUCAUAGAGGGAAAAGCACAGGUGUGAAAUAUAAAAUGAAUAAUGGCUGAAUUUUGAAUUCAGAGUCCUGGUAUCGUGCAUGUUGGCUCGAUGUCCCUGGAACACUUGACUAGCACAGAGCCAUGGUUAGUGUAAUUAGUAACACCUGUGCUUUUCCUGCUGUGACGAGUCAGAAAUGUCUGCUGUGAAAAAGGCCUAUUGUAAGAGUUGUAGCUCUAAGUGUAUCAUAAUGUGCCUCUACUACUCUAAGAUUUAGAAAUGUUACUGCAACCAACUGUCACCGUUUUCUUGAAGCAAAAGUAAAGAAGUCUGGUUUAGGUGUGAGAGCAAAUGAUAUCCACUUCAUAGUUAACAGAAAGUAGCGUGUCAUUUAUUUUUAAAUU